AUGGUUGUCAAGAAGCGAUCUCUCCUCUGGGACUGGACUAACACCAACAACCUCCCCGACAGAAUGGAUACCGUCAAGUUCGAUGGUCCUAUCUCCUCGGUUUCCAACUGGAAUGCAUGGGUCCCGCCUGAGCUCAAGGGUCGUGCUCCCUUUCGUCCCAUGAUCCAUCUUGAGCGCGAACUCAACGGCAACGAAUGGCAAUGGAUUCAGGACUCUGAUCAAUCGAUCAUCCACUUUUUCAACGAGCCGGAGAGGGCUGGCAUUAGUCCGCAGAAAGCGGCUGAUUACUGGCACAACCAGGUGAUUCCUGCUCUUCGUAACGACCGACACAAGCAACUGGUCUCCCCUUCCUGCGCUUCCGAUCCUGCAGGACAACAGUGGAUUCAGGAUUUCAUGAACCUUGUACAGGAUGCUCGCCCGGAUUAUCUUGGGGUGCACUGGUAUGGCACUGAUGCACCGGAAUGCCAGCGAUUCAUCUCUUCGAUGCACGACAAGUUUGGCUUACCGGUAAUUGUGUCGGAGAUCGCUAGCAUUGACAUAAACUAUGAAAGUGUACACGCUUUCACGCGGGACAUGUGCAACUGGAUGGAUGGAGUUGACUGGAUCUUUGAGUACGCUUUCUUCGGCUGUAUGCAGAACAUGCCGGACGAUUUUGUGAGUCCUGCAGCCCGGUUGAUGGAUGAGAAUGGGAACUUCACGGAUCUGAUGUGGAAGUAUAUGAGUGACCAGCCGAUGUUCUGA